UUAUUAUUAUAAUAUACAGAAGGCAAGAAAGUCGACUUUAUAGUCAACAGUUUGAAAAUUGUGAUAAAUGAAACUUGUAAGUGACCACUCAAUGAACAAUUGGGUUUUAUAAAUAAUCAGUAUGUGAAGUAUUGUUAAGGGAACUGUAUCAGUAACUUUGUCAGUUUCGUCUUUUGCCACGUCCUCUUAAGUACACGUAAUUGUAAAUUUCAGGUUGCUGCUACUUGAGUGUCGCUUCGAGAAUCUGUUACAAUUUUAUUAAUACAUAGUUACUGUAUAAUUAUUAUGCUUUUUACGAACUAUCCUGAUAUUUAUUUCCCGAAAGGCAUAUUCUUAUUUGUCGAGUAUAACUUAUGCUCUCUGCCUUUUUAUAACCGAGAGUCUUAUCCCAUUUUCUUAUUUUGUAAUCCGUGGACAGUUUGUGACGCUUGAUUCCUUUCAGGUUGUCAACAACGAAAAUUCCAACGAUAAAUUACAAUUGAAUUAUGACGAUGGGAGUACAAGGAAGAGUUUUUGGGAAUGUGAGCACGUGAUAGUGACGUGGGCCAUGGUUCGCGGCGCCAGACGGCAUCAGCGCGCACGACCUCCCGAUGUACUCUUCCAAAAAACAACGAUUUCAUUUAAACUGUAGUGAUUAAAAACUUCUUCGUUGAACUACUGCGUGUUGUAUAAAUCAGUGUGUCUAUAUGUACAGAAACGUGUAUUUCGUGCUCAGUCUCUUUGCCGUCGUAUUCGAUGUGAAUGCCUGAAUUUUACUUUUCAGUGGAAGUUAUCGUGGAGCGGUGUUCAAAUUGUUCUGUGUACAGGUUCAUCUUUGUGUGUAAAAAUAAGUAAGACCGUUAUUUCCAGUUCGAUAACAUUGCCGUUAACAAAAUGGAUUCCGUUAAAAGCGUUCCACCUAAUUCCACCUCUCCAUCAUCGGCGUCACCAACACUGGGACAACAGAACUACGUCCAAAGCAUCGAUUUAAUCAUCAACGACUACAUGGAGAGACUGGGCACGAGACUGAACAUCCUGGAGACAGAGCUGAAGUACGCAUGGAGAGCGCUGGAUCUCCUAUCGCAAGAGUAUAUCAAGAUGUGGGAGCGACUAGAAAAGCUGGAGAUACUGCUUUACGAACAGCAGAGUGUCAUCGCUCAGCUUCUAGAAUUCUAUACAGUCAUGGGUUCAACAGAGGGUACGUCUGAGGAUCGUGCAGAAGUCUCAGCUCCUGAAGGUAGCAGGUCAGCAACCGAGACGACCGAAGAUCAACUGCAGCGAACUAUGAAAGAUUUGAUGGAAGAUGCAGCAGCAGCUAGCGUGGCUGGACGUGACGUUGUGGGGGACAUAUCGAAUACUGAUAUUACUGGAUCGUCUUCGAGUGCCGCUGCAAUAAUAUCAGAACUUCAGUUGGAGAUGGGAAUGGGAGAAAUGAUACACAUGCCAGAUGAAGCUUUCUAUCGAAGUCUCAACAACGCGUAUCGUGACGAUCUUGGUGGAUCUGAUACAGCAGUAAUCCCCAUUGUCACUUCAUCACAGUUAGGUAUGAUAUGGGAAGAGGCUGAAGAUGUUGAAGAGAACACAAACAAGGAGGAGGCUAUAACAGAGUUGGAGAGAGUGGAACAAAACGAUGAAACACAGGAAGUAUUCAGUGCAUUAGACUACAAGGACUAUAGAGGUAACUCGCCGUGUGUUAACGAGCAGGAUCUUGCUCAACUGACAAGAUUGAGUGUAAUAGAUCAGGUGGCGUUGGAAAAGCUUCAGGAACUAGAUAGACUUACAACAAAGCUUCAGAAAGACUCGCAGAACCUCAAAGAACUUCAAGACCGUCUUCUAGAAUCUCCGAAGCACCAGUACCAGAAAGAGACCAGAGAAAACGAAUCUACGACUGUGAGAUCCCUAACAGAUGAUACAAGUGUAAUAGACGAGCAGUUACGUCAGAUCUAUGUAGAAUCAGAAUUAGAAAAUUGGAGCUUCUCUAGUUCGGCGCGCGGGAUCUCGGAUUUAAUACUUCUGGCAGGUACAACGACAUUACCAAGCGGCCUCAGCAGCAGUAGCAAGUCACGGCCUAGUUCUCGUCUGUCUACAGACAGUGGAGGUGCCACCACAGACUCAGAAGUAGCUUCUGCUUUAUCUGGCUUUCGAUCGGCUGUAUCACCAACUACAUCUCCGAGACAUCGCGCCCUUCUUGAGUCGUCUAAUUCUGUAGAUACUUCUGGAAUGUUAUCAUCACAAGCGUCUGGGAGACUCAGUUAUAAUUCCUCAGCCUUACUACAGUCUGAUGUAACAUCCUCAUCGUGCAGCAUGGCGUCACCCAAAACACUUGCCGAACGUUAUGACUUCAGCCCCUAUGCUCCAGAAUACACUAGCUCGCAAGAAUAUGAGAACAUGGUGGCUCCUUCAUAUUCUUCUGUGCCUCAUACAUCUCCCGGUACGUUUGCUGUGGCAUCUAGUAAGAACUUAAAUUCCCCACCAACAUUGUCGGGAUCAAGCAUCCGUACACGACAAGACGGUUAUAUAGGUGGAGGGGGAAAUUUAGAUCUUGAUUUAUCAGAGAUUCGAGCUACACCUUCUCCUUCCCCUACUAGCCCACCACCACCGGCUCCUCGAGAUAGCAGAGAAGCCUUCUUGAUGCCCACUGCUGAUAUUGGGGUCGGUUUAAGCGUCACCAAAAGUCCUUCAGCAUUGCUGGGUGCCUCGGCUAUUAGUACUACGUCAAUUACUUCUCCGUCGACUGAUCAGCAAGGACGUUUAAGUCCUCGCACCCCACACUCCCCUAAAUCACCAAGACUGUCUCCAAAGAAUAUAGUUAAAUCUACAUCCGUUAAUAUUGGACCGGCUAAAUCCGAUUCUGGUCUUUCUUCUAUGAGCGGUUGGUCUAGUGUUGAGAAAUCUCCAGUCUCCCCUAAGAGUGUUGUUAAUAGUACCAAUAAGAUAUCAACGUCCUCGUCGUGUCCGUCAGAUUCUCUCAUCGGACGUGGAUAUCAGCAGAUACUCCCGCCAUCACCUGUUGGCCCCCAAAUGCACGUAUCUUCCUCAUCAUUCAUAUCUCCACAAGAUAACCGCAUGUACAAUGCAACUGCUGCCUCCGAAUCCUUCCCAUACAGCGCCCCUCAUUCUCCUGUACCUUCUCUUCCUCCAGCCCUAGCUAACACUCUUCUAACGGGUGGACAUCAUCCUUCUGCUUUCACAAGUGUUAAAUCUCCAACAAGUUUAGGAAGCAGCACGCCUUCCAUAACAGGUGAGAGCUCAGGUGGAAAUCUCAUCCCGUCACCUGCACCAAGCUCCGAAUUCAGUACGAGUACAAGGGGGAGACCUCAUCGUGUUCCAAAGUCCCCUAGUGCUAGCACAAUUACUGCCGUCGAAACUACUUCCGUAGCGACAUACGGCGACUAUCUCUACCGCAGUGAACAACCAGCAAUUUAUUCAGUAGCUGGAAGUAACAGACAACAAUCUUUCACGUCAGUGUACACAGGUGGCACGUCAAGUUACGUUCCAAAGACGUCCGGGUCCGGCUAUCCAGAUUUGGUAGAGCCGUGCAGCAACAACGAACAUCACCAAGCUCAGUCCUACCGCUACCAGGUUGAGUCCGAAAGCAUUACUUCCCGAAGUCAUUCUCUUGGUAGCUAUCCUGCAGCUAGUGCCUCUACAACUUCUCACUCAAACAGGAAGAGCAUUUCUAGAGGGUAUUCUACUGGUUCUGCUCCCCCCUCUGCCAGUGGAGUUGCUAAUCUAGAAAGCUACAAAAAUGUCAUGUACCGUACUAUGUUCCCUACGGGCAACAUCACAGACGCUCUUUCUUACUACCCUACGAGCACGCGCUACGAUUCGACACCGUCCGGAAAUCAACCACGGCCCGACUACAGUCACAGUUCUGGCUGGUUGAAUAGCUCUCAGGCUCAUAUUGACACACCAACUGGGAACCAAAUGAAACAUGAUCACACAUCUGUGUCCCUUAGAUCUGUAGACAGUGCUCCUGCAUCCACUGCGGAGUGCGGGUACAUGGCACCUCAGUACGUGGAUCCAAGACGUUACCAACCACAUCCACCACAACAGCACUAUGCUCAGCAACCUGGAAUGGAAAGAGUUGGUGAGCAAGACGAAAGUUAUCCUCGAGAAUAUUCUUGGAGCCAGCAUCCUGAUAUUCAGUACCUGAAACAUGAUAUGCGGAAACGAAAUGCUCCAGAUCAUCACCACCAGCAGCAGUUGCACGAUGGGCAAUACUAUGAUCCAAGUGGUGUCAUAGUAUCCCAGUCCGGAUACAUAUCUAUUUCUGCUGACAUAAAGGACAGCAAAUAUCCUCAGGACGAGAAGGUGAGCAAAAGGGGCAAAUUGAAAUCGGCAAUGAGUUCCGUGAGUAGUUGGUUGCCUGGAUUGCACCUCAGUAAACGGCAUCGCUCCCAUUCCUUACCAGCCGGUGUUCGACGUGAAGACCUUGUGCUGUCAAAAGAACACGGAAGGGGAUAUAUGACGUCCCGAGGCAAGAACCAACAACGUUCAACAGCUACAUUGCCUCGCAAGAAAAAGAAGAAUCCACUGGCGUCUACAGUGUCUGGAAUCCUCCAGAAGGCCAAACGUCGCAGCCAUCACUCCCAGUCACUGUCGGAUCCAGAACAGUCAGAAACUGAAUGGAGCGGCCGACAAAGUGGGUUUUCGGAAGACAGCGAGGAUAGUGUAUUCUCUGAUGUUCCAUCUGACUCGAAUGUAUUUGCCAAAGUAACUCACAGUAUUCCGAGACAACACAGCUUACAACAGCAGCAGGUUCUGUCAAACACAAGGAUGGGACCUAGAAGAGAUUCAGAUAUGGACCAAGUAAACGAAAUUCCAUACGAAGCAGACCCUGCAGAAGAAAACCCUCUGGAAGCUGAUCCUUCCUCUCUGUUCCCCACAGUAGGCGAAGUGAAGAGAGCAGCAACUCAAGCAGUGGCGACAAGUGAAGAAUCAGCAACAAGUGAAAAACUUCAAUUUCCUCCAGGUGCGCUGGGAGGGGCAUCUAGAGAAUUUGCCGUGUCUCGUGCCCUAGGCAAAUACCGUCAACGCCAAUCUUCUACCAUGCCUAUGGAUGAACAGAUGAGUCAGGAAGAUAUUUGUGCUACUAAAUCUAACGAUCAAGUUCCAAUUAUCGCUACAAUGGAUGAAAAUAUUCAAGAAGACAUAUACGAUGAGCCUUCUGUAGAAGAUAUCGAUGAGCCGCAAAGCAGCAGUACUCCGCAACACCCCUCUCGGGUAGAAGAACUUCCCAAUAUUGAUGCAAGCCCGUCUGUAUCCAGUAUGCGCAGUUAUGCUAGUGGUAGGCAUCACGCAACACGCCAUCAACAGAGUCUCGAAAUACCUUGGAGCGGGUCUAGAGGUGAAGGCGAUGAGGACAGCCGGAGCACUCACUCUUGGAGGAGCACGUCCCGAGUGUCCUCCAGAAGGCAAAGUACUGAAGACAGCAUUGACAGUGAAGAUGAAUGGUAUUGCUAUGAGCUACGCAAGUUGGAGGAAUUGGAGAGACAACAGGACACAGAACCUAUGCAAGGAGACAAAACUGAAUGUUUCGAACCGGAUGAAGAUGUGAAGGAGCAAAUGUCUUUCGUGCUCCAGGAGCUGAAGCUAAAAUCUAAAGCGCGGGAGGGCGUGCUCAGUCAAGAUGUCUAUAACCGUCAGGUGCGAGCUAGAGCUGCGGGGUCUGCAAUGCGGUGGGAAGAUGUUCAAGGUGAUGUUAGGGAAAAGCAAGUUGAGCUCUACCCUACCGUUGAUGAAGAAUCACCUCAGAUGCCCGUAACAGAAGAAUCAAAGAAGGUGAGUGGAAUGAGACUGCGAGAUGAUGAUGAGUCUUCAUCAGGAGAAACGAGUGGUCCCGACAGUCCUCAUCAGAGUAUGGAUGAAAUGGAAGUUGAUGAGGAGGAAGAAGCUGCAAUUGAGGCCGAAUUGGCGAAAUCCAUGAGGAGUUCCAGUGGUUCUACUUUUCGUCAUGGAGAGAAACCGCUUCAAGGUUCAGACUCUCUGAGCAGGGAGGGGUCAGUAAGUGUUCCUCCAAGUGAGGUAUCGGUGAGUAUCCCAGUAAGCGACGGCUGGGAUUCUGAAGAAACUGCUACGGUACGAGAAGGUUCCGUUAGUGUUCCGGCCAGUGAUGUUUGGGAAGGGGAAGCAGAAGGCGAAGAAGUUGGAAGCGACCGCCGAGAAGGCACCGAGAGCUCUACGCCUUCCGUCCCAAAGUUUAAAAUUGACACCGACAGCAGCGUUACGAUCAAAGAAGACGUCACGACCAAGGACAGCGGGCCAAUGGGCAGCAAAUGGAAGCUGCUAAAAGCUCUGAAAGAAAGAAAAGCCGAAGAAAAGAUUCAAGAAGCUGCAACAGCCACUGCAGCUGCGGAAGCAAAAGCGAAUGCGACAACGAAUGGAGGAGGUCCAGGGGGCGAAAGUGGAGGGCGUGCGAAUGGGCAUCCUGGAGACAAUCCCUUCUACAGCAAUAUCGACAGCAUGCCAGACAUUCGACCCAGGAGGAAGUCGAUACCUCUCGUUUCCGAAUUGGUGCUGAAGACGAUGGCCGCUACGAAACGCAAUGCUGGCCUCACGUCAGCCGUACCAAGGGCAACGCUCAACGACGAGGAAUUGAAGAUGCACGUGUACAAGAAGACACUGCAGGCGCUCAUCUACCCUAUCUCCAGCACUACGCCGCACAAUUUCCUGUUGUGGACCGCCACAUCGCCCACCUACUGUUACGAGUGCGAAGGGCUGCUGUGGGGAAUAGCGCGCCAAGGCGUCCGCUGCUCAGAAUGUGGCGUCAAGUGUCAUGAAAAGUGCAAAGACCUACUGAACGCGGACUGCUUGCAGAGGGCGGCUGAGAAGAGUUCGAAGCAUGGGGCUGAGGACAAGGCGAACAGCAUCAUCACAGCCAUGAAAGAACGAAUGAAGAAGAGGGAGCGAGAGAAACCGGAGAUCUUCGAACUGAUCAGAAACACCUUUUCAGUGGAUCCCGACACACACAUUGAUUCAAUCGAACAGGCCGAAGAAAUCGUAUUAGAAGGAACAUCGAAAUGGUCUUGCAAGAUCGCAAUCACAGUUAUCUGCGCUCAGGGUCUAAUUGCAAAAGAUAAGAGUGGGACUUCCGAUCCUUACGUAACGGUUCAGGUUGGUAAAGUGAAGAAGAGGACGCGUACCAUGCCAGCAGAACUCAACCCUGUCUGGAACGAGAAGUUUUACUUUGAGUGUCAUAACUCCUCAGACCGAAUCAAGGUGAGAGUAUGGGAUGAAGACAAUGACCUCAAGUCCAAACUCAGGCAGAAGUUGACUCGUGAAUCGGACGACUUCCUUGGACAAACAAUAAUUGAGGUCCGAACGUUGUCAGGUGAAAUGGAUGUGUGGUAUAAUUUGGAAAAGCGAACUGACAAGUCCGCUGUGUCGGGAGCUAUCCGCCUUCACAUUAGUGUUGAGAUCAAGGGUGAGGAAAAGGUUGCACCAUAUCAUGUACAGUAUACAUGUCUGCAUGAAAAUCUAUUCCAUUCUCUGUGUGAGGAAAAAGGUGGAAUUGUAAACUUGCCACAGGCCAAAGGUGAUGAUGCCUGGAAGGUUUAUUUUGAUGAUGCAGCUGAGGAGAUAGUUGAUGAGUUUGCAAUGAGAUAUGGCAUUGAAUCCAUCUACCAGGCCAUGACGCACUUCCACUGUUUAUCAACAAAGUACCUGUGUCCUUCUGUGCCCGCAGUCAUGAGCACGCUUCUUGCCAACAUUAAUGCUUAUUAUGCGCACACCACAGCUUCAUCAGCUGUAUCUGCCAGUGAUCGAUUUGCAGCUUCAAACUUUGGGAAAGAAAAGUUUGUAAAGUUGUUGGAUCAACUGCACAAUUCUCUUCGUAUUGACCUAUCAAUGUAUCGCAACAACUUCCCUGCAUCAAGUGAGGAGAAGCUCAUGGACCUCAAAUCCACAGUGGAUCUGCUUACCAGCAUUACUUUCUUUCGGAUGAAAGUGCAAGAACUGUCAAGUCCUCCCCGGGCCAGCACAGUGGUGAAAGACUGCGUCAAAGCAUGCCUUCGAUCCACCUACCAAUUCCUGUUUGAGAACUGCUAUGAGCUCUACAACAGGGAAUUCCAGGUGGAUCCAAAUGAAGCAAAGAGAGACCAAGAGGAUCAUGGGCCUCGGCUAGAUAGUCUUGAUUUCUGGCACAAACUAAUUGCACUCAUUGUAUCGGUCAUCGAAGAAGACCGAAAUAGUUAUGCACCUGUCCUUAACCAGUUUCCUCAGGAGCUCAACAUUGGGCAGUUAUCCGCAGCCACAAUGUGGGGUCUGUUUGCAGUGGAUGUGAAAUAUGCACUGGAGGAGCAUGAGCAGCACCGUCUCUGCAAAUCCUCAGCCUACAUGAACCUUCACUUCAAGGUCAAGUGGCUGCACACAAAUUAUGUCAAGGAUGUGCCUCCCUACAAAGGAUCUGUACCUGAAUACCCAGCGUUUUUUGAGCCAUUCGUUAUGCAGUGGCUUAAUGAGAAUGAUGAUGUAUCUCUGGAAUAUCUCCAUGGGGCGUUUAAUAGAGACAAAAAGGAUGGGUUCCAGCGCAGCAGUGAACAUGCGCUAUUUUCGAAUUCUGUUGUAGAUGUAUUUACACAACUAACACAAUGUUUUGAUGUCGUUUCAAAACUUGAGUGUCCUGAUCCUGAAAUAUGGAAGCGGUACAUGAAACGUUUUGCCAAAACGAUAGUCAAAGUUUUGGUUGCCUAUGCAGAUAUUGUCAAGAAGGAAUUCCCAAGUCAUCUCAAGGAGGAAAGAAUUGCAUGUAUCUUGAUGAACAAUGUACAGCAGCUAAGAGUGCAGUUAGAGAAGAUGUUUGAGUCAAUGGGAGGUGAGAAGCUGGAAGAGGAUGCUGCUAACAUCUUGAAGGAGUUGCAACAAAACCUCAACACUGCACUUGAUGACUUGGCCAUGCAGUUUGCAACAAGCCUGGAACCACGCAUCACAGAGAGUGUGCGCCAAUUGGGUGAUCUGCUGCUGUCCAUUAAGGGUGGGGGCCAGGUGACUUUGAAUCAACCCUCACAGCGCAAUGCUGUGGCAGCAGAAGCUGAUGAAGUGUUGCGACCACUAAUGGAUCUCUUAGAUGGUUCCCUUUCAUUGUAUGCUCAAUCAUGUGAGAAGACAGUGCUCAAGAGGUUGCUCAAAGAACUGUGGAAGAUUGUAAUGAGGAUUCUGGAGAAAACCGUUGUUCUUCCACCAAUGACAGAUAAGAGUAUGAUCCUGAAAAAUCUAACAGAUAAUGCCAAGAACUUAGCAGCCAAUGCCAAGAUUGAGGACAUGUCACGUCUGUUCAAGAACCAUAUGGCCGGCAAACAAGACAUCAGGAAUCCACUUAGCGGAGUAAUGGACAUAUCAAAGGAGAUGGAGAAAAACCUGUCUCCUAAACAGUGUGCUGUUUUGGAUGUGGCACUGGAUACAAUUAAACAGUACUUCCAUGCUGGAGGCAAUGGGUUGAAGAAGACCUUCCUGGAGAAGAGUGCAGAGCUGCAGUCAUUACGCUAUGCUCUUUCACUCUAUACUCAGACCACUGACACGCUCAUCAAAACAUUUGUGACAUCACAGACAAAUGAAGUUCCACUUAACGACAAAUCAAACCUUAGGCAGCGUUCCAUCUCCAUUGAGCGUGAAGAGGAAGAAGGAAUGGAAGGGCUCGAGGAGCCUCUGAAAGCCAAGAAACGCCGAGAAUCCCGGCAAGAUAUUCUAAGUCUGGAUGAAGGAAGUGUAGGUGAAGUAUCCAUUCAGGUGGAUCUCUUCACACACCCUGGCACUGGAGAACACAAAGUAACCGUCAAAGUGGUGGCAGCAAAUGAUCUGAAAUGGCCGACAGUGACGGGUAUGUUCCGUCCAUUUGUAGAAGUGAACCUCAUUGGACCACACCUUGCAGAUAAGAAGCGAAAGCAUGCCACCAAGUCAAAGUCCAAUAACUGGUCACCAAAAUAUAAUGAGACCUUCCAUUUCAUAAUUGGGAAUGAGGAACAACUGGACUUCUUUGAGCUUCAUAUAUGUGUAAAAGAUUAUUGCUUUGCCCGAGAUGACCGACUGGUGGGAGUGGCUGUAAUGCAACUGAAGGACAUUGUAGAGCAAGGCUCAUGUGCAUGCUGGCUGCCUCUUGGCAAGCGUAUCCAGAUGGAUGAAACAGGGUGGACAAUUCUUAGGAUACUGUCACAGCGAACUAAUGAUGAAGUUGCCAAGGAGUUUGUGAAGCUCAAGUCAGAUAUCCGCACAGAAAAUCCUCUACCUAACCCAACCUGAGGGAUAUAAAUUAAAUAUGCAAGACAUAUUUGUAUCCCUUUGCUAUCUUGUACUACUUGCUGGAUCACAAGAGAUAAGAUACAGAGCUCAAAGCUCAACAAUACGCUCUUGAUCCCAAGUAAAUGAAUUGGCUUGUUGUUUCGUGAAACAAGCCAUGAUACAUUUCAGAGAGAGGGAGAGCUUGCCUGAAUCAGCAGACGUAAAUUUAACAGAUGUAUCAUCAUUGACAGAAAUGAUAUAUUGAGAUAAAAGGAACUUGCAUGCAUUCAUUCUAACACAGCUUACAUGAAAAGCAGUGACAUGCUUUUUAUACAUAUAUAUAUUUCAACCAUCAUAUUACAGAACAACUCUAAACUUAAAAUUUCAAGGUGCAUGAAAUGUGUGAAUUAAGAUAAAUUUUGAGACCACAGCCACUAUGACUUCCAGCCAAAGUUCCAUUCUGGUUCUCUCACACCCUCUCUCACUCUUAUUCUCCAGAAUUGCAAACUGCGGGAUAAAAGCACUGGACUGGAUGGAGGAUCAUCUACACUGGGGAAAUAUGUCAGUGUUACACAGUCAAAACGCUGCUCUGGUUAGAAUAACUUUCCAGUUGCUGAAGAUAAGUUCUGAUAUUAUCUUAGGUUCUGAUAAGAUUAUUGCAACUAGAAUAAUGCACACACAUUCAAGCAGUGUCUCUCUUAUCAAUCUUGCCUCUUGCUGCAAAAUUAUAUAAUUUUAAAGCUACCAGAAUGAUACCUAAUUGCAACUGGAACUACUUCAAUCCUUGCUUAUGUAUACCAGUAACUGUAUUUCACUGUGAUAUUCUGAGGCCUGCCUUUCACCCUACCAUGGGUCAAUUCAACCAAAUAUGGUCUCAACUCUACUAAAGCCUCUUGUACAGACACCAUAUCUUCAAAAAUUAUUUAAGUACAGCAAAUAUUUCUUCAUUUUACUUCAUUUUACUACAUACCAUUUAUUGUAAAUA